GUUAAAUGAAUAAUAGCAAUAUCUAUAAAGUAAUACUAUAAUGUUAAAUUUUAGGAAAAAAAGUAAGUAAGGAUUAAAUAGAGGAGUUUUUUAAAGAAUAACAGAAAUUUAUGAAAAAGAGAGCUGAUUUUUUUGAAAAGGAAUUUGAGAAGAAACUUUGGGAAGCAUCCUAACAUGAAAGUGAGUUUCUUUAUAAACCUGUGCUUAAUGAAUAAUCAAGUCGAGUAUAUUUAUUAACUAAACCUUUAGAUUUUGGAUAAGAAAUUAAAAGGAAAAAAAUUUGAUUAGAGAAUAGAACAAUUUUAAUAGAAUAGAUAAAAUAAAAUAGAGGAAUAGAUAUAAAAUAUGAAACCAUCUUUCACUCCAACAAUAAGUAAAAAAUCAAGAAAAGUAAUCAUCCAAUAAUAAUAAAGCUCAUGGAAAACCCAAAAUAAAAAAAUGAUAAUGCAUUUUAGUCGUAUAAUUAAAAAGCAAAGACUCAAGAAGGUUAGUGA